AUGUCCUUCUCUACCCUACUCCUCGUUACCCUCCUCACCACGGUGAUCACAACCAUGGCAACUGUUUCUUCCACUACCAACUUAACAUCAAUCCUUAUUCCACUCUACAUCUAUCCCACUCCAGGCGCCUGGGAUCCAUUAUACCGAGUCAUAACCGCAUACCCUACCCAACCGUUCACAAUAAUUGUAAACCCGGACUCUGGCCCCGGACCCAAACGCUUCCCUGACGAAAGCUACAGAGAAGGAAUUACGAAACUUAAAGCAUUUAAAAACGUAAGAAUUAUCGGAUACGUUCACGUAUCUUAUACCGCGAGAAAAUUGGAGGAUGUCUGUCAGGAUAUAGAUAGAUAUGUUGGAUGGGAUGAAUAUAAAAGUGGUAAAAUUUCGGUGGAUGGCAUAUUUGUCGAUGAGGCUCCGGAGGAUGUUGGGAAAGAUGAUAUCAGUUUAAGGUAUAUGCAAAAAGUCAGGAAGAGGAUAUCAGCUAGAUUUCAUAGGAUUGGGAAAAGCGGCUUUACAAUGAUAAACCCUGGUGUGAUUGCUGAUAAAAGGUUUUACGAAGCUACUGCGGAUGCGGUUGUCUCCUAUGAAGACCGUUUGGUAAAUUAUUAUGCCCCGGGAAAGUUACAGACGAGUAAAGAUCAGAAUAAGAGUCCUGAGACUCCGCCUAAGAUGCAGGCUAUCAUUGUAACGUCGGUUGAUGGAUCCGAUGCAAGGGAACGAUAUUUGCUAAAGAAGGUGGUCGAGAGGAGGAUAGGAUUUGUGUAUUUCACAACUGAUCUUGACUAUCAGAAGUUUGGAACAGAUUUGGUCCUUCUAGUAGAUAAGGUCGCCAGGAGUAACGGACUUGUUAGAAAGAGGACAGCGUUAUCACUAUGA